AUGGAUUCUGGGUCGCUGAACCCGGACUAUCUUCCCAAUCUUGAGAAAUGUCUUGCUGGCGAGCUCCUCCUCCUUUCCUGGGAAGAUCUCUUCGACGCCCUCUUUUCCCAUGACAAGUUAAGGAGGGAUUUUGCGACCAAGCUACUUUCUGGACAUCAUACCAAGGAUAUUUUCCAGUCAACAUUCCCCUCAUUUCCUCCGCCUUCACCCUCUUCGAAAACUGCCUUCGACUCCCAGAUUUCGGCGAUACCAGCCUCCUUGGAUGGACAAUUCAACCGUGACGAGCUGAAGGAGGAUGCUCUGUGGCUCAGCAAGCAGGCCAACGUUGAAGAACAGGAGGCUCUGCGAUUGACUAUCCUGGAGUGGCAGUAUCGUUCGGAAUGCAGGCUGCGAGAGGGGUUCUGUCAAGCCGAAGUGGCAAGUUUAAAAAACGCGCUGGGACCGGACUUCGUGGACAGGAAAAUUCAAGGGCGAGGCAGCCUACUGGAAAGAGAUGAAGCGAUCUUCAAUUCCCGAAAUGCGCGCCGAACCCGCCUUAUUCGCUGGCAUUUGGAGCAAGAAGUCAUGCUUUUGCGCAUAGCAAAGGAGCUUCUGGAUGUUCACCUCUUGCCAGAUACGGAUGACACAUCACCGCCGCAGCCUCGGAGGGUAUCCACCAACUUUGGACGGCGUGGGAGAUCUGCCCUGGCCAGUGAUAUUGAGAAUGGCGUCAGAUUAAUCCGAGCACAGCUACGGAAUCUCGAAUCAGCACGGCCAUGGGGGUUAAAUAAGUCUGAUGAGAAUAUCAAAGAUGUGCAACAUACUGCAAGCCUCCAAAUGAUCAGUUUAGCCUUGGAAAUCCUAUUUCUGAGGCUGCGGUGCUCAGACGAACAACCCACCUCGGAAUCAAUUCUCCUCUGGCUGCAACUCAUGUCAUCGGUGGGAUUCUUCGCCUCCUUCAACUCGGAAAUCGAUAUCCAACUUGCAGCAAUCCAGAAAAUACAGUCAACAGCAUCCCUGGUCUCAUUAUCCGUCCUCAACCUUGGCUCCACCAUCGCUAUAUUGAACCAAACCGCAUCAUCCGGACAAUCUGUUCGGCACGACUCGCAGGGAGAAUACUUCUUUGAUGUCGACUGUGCCUUUCAAAUACACGAGCUACUUGUCAAUGAAGCUGCGAUGGGAAAUAUUCAAGCCGGUCCUACAAUCCUAGCAUGGGCAAUUGUGGCUCACCGGAUUAAACAACUAGGGAUUGCCAUCAAGGAAAACAGAGAGAGCCAUCAUAUUCAGAAGACGAUUGACGGGAUCGCAACAUUUGACGCAGCAACUGGGCGGCGAAGCUCUGCUGCUAGUGGCUCCUCUUUUCAGCCAACAAUAUUUGAAGAUCUUUUGGAUAGAUUUACCGCACUCAACACGAACGAGGAUCCAUCGGUUUUGUUACUCAACGCUGCCAUUGAUCAAUGUCAUAUUGUUGAGUACAUCACACUGCUCACUACGUCGGCUGGCAACACCUCCAAGACAUUGGCUAUUUUCAAAUUCCAGACCGUGCAAGAACUGAUUGCAGUGUCGCAGUCAUUCUUGGGCUACACCCCUGAGUUGGUAUCAUCGCAGCUCGCUUUGCUGUCAGCAGAUUGCGAUAGCCCUUGUGAGAAGAAAGUAUAUGAUCCCACAAUAGGAUUCAUUGAAGACAAUCUUCUCAUGGAAGGAUUUUUUGACACUUCGGCCGCCAGAUUUCCAUACGAGUGUUUGCCUUUUCUGCGCUUCUGUCGGGCAUUGGCAAAGGCGCCUGUCUUCAGUGAGGAUGGGACGCAAUACGUCGAAUUUCGACUUCGAAAACUUGUUUCAUUUACUCAAGCCGCAAUCAAAGGCAUUGAGUACAUGACCACACGUGAGGAUGAAAUUGGCAGCUUUGUGACUCUCAAUAAGCCCGUCAAUAUGCUGGAUCUCUCACAGAACCAGUUGCUGACGUACGCAUACCAAGCCUCAGAGACCACAUCAUCGAUCAUUCCCGCCGGUGCCAUUGGUGAACUCAUCUCUGAUCCGGAUGCAUCUCCAAAGGUAAUCAGAUGGCAAUAUGAGUUCUCGGGUCUCGCAUAUAUGGGACAGUUGCUGGAGUUGCGUUAUAUGGGACUGCUUGCCACUGCCUUGACGCCAUUUGAAGACCCUGAAGCUGUAGUUUCAGAAAUAAUUGGUGUUCUGGCAACUAUGUUUUCAACGAUUCUGCGCAGCACUUCCCUCGGUCAGGCUGCUGACCAAGCUGAACAACAUUGCACCUCGAUUUUGGACGAAGCUAACAGCCAUCUCUCUUCGGAAACGGAUGUUGUCUCAUACAUCUUUGAAAUACUCGAACAAGAGUUGCAGGCUUUCCGUCGUCGGUCCGCGUCGAUAUUCGAUUGUCGAGUUAUGACAUCUUGUAUACAGUUCGUUUGUGUCCUCACGAGAAUCAAGCCACAGUUGACAUGGUCCUACCUCAAUCGGACGAGCCUCUUUGGUCAUCAUUCAGCUACCUCACCGAUUCUCAAUAUUGUCACAGCACUGGAAGCACCGCUAGGGAAUUUUGAUUUCUUGGAAAAAUGCACCGACUUGUACAGAUCACUGAUCAAGUUGGCGCUCAGGGAGUCUCGUCAUGGUCUUUCGUCGACCGACGACGCAGCCGCGCGACACCCAACAUUAUCUGCAGCAUGGCGAUUUCGGAGCAAUAUGCUAUUGGCCGCGACGGAGAUCAUGUUCCAAGUUUUUCAAGGCAUCUCAGAUUGGUCAUUUCGAGAGCCCGCUCAGCAGGCCCGUAUCAGCACGGCAAUUGCCGAAUCAUUUCACGAUAUCGUUCGCUACGCUUUUGAAUAUGGCCUGUCGAUCGGUUCUUUCACCCAGGUGACAAUGCCUUUUGUUGGAGCAGCACAAUAUCUUGUGGCUUCAUUUCGAUCACCGGGUCCAGAAGAUGCUGUGAUAAGCCCGAUCACAAGUCUCGCUCUCAUAGCGAGCACGAUUGAUAGAUCUCCGCUGGCUGCUGACAACACUUUUUUGGAUCCGUACAUAAUCGCUGUGUUAUCGUUGGCAUCGCUGCUUGUUCGAUAUGGCCAAUCACAAGCACUCUCAAUGUCAAUGCUUGAAAGGCAUAUUUUUGAUGCGGUGCCUUGCCUUGUUCGGACACUGCAAGCCCCAUCUUCUGUCCGCAAUCCUUGUCUCAGGUUGUUGCGUACCGUCUUGGGAUAUGUGGAGCAAUAUCAGGCAUCGUCGCUGUUGGGCCACUUAGGCUCUUCAUCAUGCAUCGACUUUGUCAACCUUGUUCGACACCUUGACCAGAAGUCUGAAUCUCCCGAAGAACGUGCCGAGCUUUGGAAGCUACUUACUCUCCUAGUCAAGGAUUCUCAGCAAUGGCUGGCCAUGUUUAUCUUGACUGGCACUGCCCCAGACAGCUCAAAACGUGUCAAGCCAGGAGAUGUCCCUACGAAGUGUGUUCCCAGUCCUACGUUCCUUCAGUCUGCCUUGAGAGAGAUGAAAGACAUGUCAAAGCUUCCUCGAGUCGUUUUGAGUGCAAUGUUCGAUUUCGCGCUGGAGGCGCAACAAAACUGGUCUUGGGUAACAAAGGAUCUCACCUCGUCAGACGAAUUCUUUUCUACGAUUGUCUUGUUUGUGACCAGCUUCGAUUCUAAGCAUCACAGUGAAAUCGAUGUUGCCCAGCAAAAUUUGAUCGCCGCUACCAUCACCGAUAUUGCAACAACUCAUCUCCAUCAUGCUAAAGUUUCGAGAGACUUCAAAGCCGUCAAGACCUUCCUUCCGUUGCUCAACUGGCUUACAUCAAAUGCUAUCGAAGUUUCCAGCUAUAAUGCAUCAUUGCACGCCAACCUACGUCGAAAUUUUGCUGCCAAGUAUAAUGGUUUGGUAGUUUCCGACAUUAGACGCACCGGGUUGACUGAACGAGACUACGGUCCGAAUUUCUUUUACGAUGUCCAAUACGCCGGCGAAUUGUUGGCCAACGACCCGUAUUGGCACGGUGGACGAGGAACAUCCAGCAGCCAGUCAUUUUCAGCAGAAUUUAGGCGUGCGAAUGUGAAUUUUUCAGCCGUGGAUUCGGAACUGGCCCUGCUUUCGAGCUUGAAGCGCUUCUGUGUUGACCAUUGCAGAUUCUUCGCUGCGGACCGCGAGGUCCAGAGAGCAAUGGCACAAAUUAUCCAAAAGUCUUUACAGGCAAAUUGUCGGGCCUAUCCGGCCGAAGUGCUAUUUGAGUCACUAUUCCAAACGCGGGCGGAUCUGGCGAUGAUGCUCCUGCGUCAACUCGUUACGUUGGGCGCCAAAGGGUCGGAUUUUACGGGGUUGUUGGAGCCUGCUUGGGAUGCAGUGAGGUUCCGGAAUGGAUCCUAUGAACAAGCCAUCAUCAAUAACGACCUUACAUAUUGGCGGUCAACCCUCUCAAUCUUACUCCUCGCUAUUCAAUUUCACGUCAAGAAAAAGCGAAAGCCGACCAUGAUCCCCGGCGGCUCCACGGCGCUUAUUACUCUGGAUCAACACAACGUCACAUUCCUUGAAAUAACAAGUACAAUCGUAGCGGAGGGAUUUAAAUCUGCUGUGCUCGCCCUUCAGGACCAAAAGGAAAAGAAGCUGAAGACUGACGACGACGAUGACGACGCCCUUAUCGGACCAAGUGACAUUCUACUCCUGCUGACACUGGUGCAAGCUAUUCUCAGACUGCCCAGUCUCCACCAAUUCUCAGUAGAAUUGUCUGAACGACUGUCUUCUUCCGGAAUCAUCUCGGUCGCGCUUUUACUCUAUUCGUGGUCUCAUCUACUCACCAGAUCAGAAGGCAACAUUCAACCUCGUUACGCGGAAUACAGCGUUCAACUGCUGGCCUCUAUUUCAUCACUGCCGUCUGUCGCGGAAGAGCUUGCAGUCGAGGGCGCCCUCAAUCGCCUCCUUUCAUCCAAGAUGUCCGAGUCGCUUCAGAGCGUUCCAGGUGGCGCCUCCCACGCUGACGCUCGGCCCAACUGCGGCUACCUCUACCGUCUGUGGGCGAAAGGGUUCCUCCCACUUUGCCUUAAUCUCCUCCACGCCGUUGGCGGUGCUAUUGCUCCCGAAAUAUCUGCUUUUCUCAAUCGAUUCCCCAACCAACUUAUCCGUGCAAGUACGAGCUUAAUGCUUACGCCGCAAACAGCCUCUACUGGGACUUACGCGUUGACGUUGACCACAGCGAAUGAGGCUGCGACUCUCGCUCUUAUAUCGCGCCUCCUUUCUUCGUUUCGAGAUGCUGGCGCAUCUGCUGCAGUAGAUCCUACUACUAUUUUACCACUCAACGGUUACGACGAGCAUACGAAAGCGAUAGCUGAGGAUUUGCGUGAUGUGCUUGCAAUGAAGGAAGACACAAGGCAGAAGUUCACCGUCCCAACCAAUGAGAGAGAAGUCAGCUGGCAAAACGCGAAGGACGGUAAUAUGCUAGAUGCUAAGAUUGUGCAGGAGUUGAAGAUUGCGUUGACGGCAUUGAGCGCGGAUGACGAUCAGGACGAGAAAUAA